UGGCAACGUGUCUGUGUAUAUAGAAAGAUGGUGGAUAGCAUAGGCCCUAACCAGUCAAACAAGCAUCGAUCUAAUUAUGCAGUAAUUUCCGGCGAAGAGGAAGGCGCGGCGAAGGAGCAGGAGCGGCUCCUCCCCAUCGCGAAUGUGGGGAGGAUCAUGAAGCAGAUCCUCCCGCCCAACGCUAAGAUCUCCAAGGAGGCCAAGGAGACCAUGCAGGAAUGCGUUUCUGAGUUCAUCAGCUUCGUCACCGGCGAGGCCUCUGACAAGUGCCACCGCGAGAAGCGCAAGACUGUCAACGGCGACGACAUCUGCUGGGCUCUCGGGAGCUUGGGCUUUGAUGACUACUCCGAUUCCCUCAAGAGGUACCUAAUUCGCUAUAGGGAGACGGAGGGGGAGAGACUGGCCAAUCAGAAUAAGGCCGCUGCAGCUGAGACCGAGACCGCCUCCUCCCCGCUGCACUUCAGUUUCGAUCUCAUGGAUAAGAGGAGGAUUUAAUUAGGGCUUUAACAAAAGUCAGCAAACAGGAGUUGAACAUGUUUUCAUUAAAUCUGAUUUUUAAUUAAUUACUACAUCUUGUUGCUGCAAAUUCUUCUUCUUCAAGUUGUUCUGAACAAGUUGGGGCUGUAUGAAUACCUAAAACUUACUAAUUUUAUUGCUUACUAGGAGUAAUUUGGGUUUCUUAAGUUUGUGGAAUUAAUGCCUUUGAAGCUCGUUUUUGUA